GAGCCGGGCAGUGCUACUCUGGUUCUAACUUGCAUUUCAGACCUCUUUUAGGAUCCCCAGCACGAGCUCUUCUCCACGAUGAGUUUUUCCAGUGACAUGUCGACUAUGGAAGACACGACUGAUGAGUUGGAGACUUUGGGAUGGUUCCACUUUGACUUGUCCCGGCAUGCCACGGAGGCUCUUCUCCUGUCCAAUGGAAGUGAUGGAAGUUAUCUCCUCCGGAAUAGCAAGGAGGGACCAGGAUGCUUCUCCCUGUCUGUGAGGGCGAAAGACUCUGUCAAGCAUUUCCACGUGAGGCGAAGUAAUGGUCGCUAUAUCUUUGGUUUCAAUGAGUUUGCAUCCCUCCAAGAUUUUGUCAGCCACUUUGCCAACCAACCUCUGCUAGGCAGUGACACAGGAACUCUUAUUGUCCUCAAAUGUCCAUAUCCAUGGCGCGUUGAAGAGCCUUCAAUCUAUGAGUCGGUGCGAGUUCACACUGCUAUACAGACGGGAAGAACAGAAAAUGACCUCAUGGCCAAGGCGCCGUCGUUGGGUACAAAGGAGGGCUUUCUGGUGAAGCAAGGGGCGAUGGUCAAGAGCUGGAAACAGAGGUGGUUCACACUCAAUAGAUACGAACUCAAAUACUUCAAAGACAAAAUGCAUGAGGAACCCCUUCGUACCCUGGAUCUGAGAGCCUGCUCAGCUGUCCAGUUUGACUAUUCUCAGGAGAGAGUCAACUGUUUUUGUCUGGUGUUUCCUGAAAGGACAUUCUACCUGUGUGCCAAGACGGGUGUGGAGGCAGACGAGUGGCUCAAGAUCUUGAGGUGGAAACUGUCCCAAAUACGAAAAGGCCGAUGACCACACGGGUGGAGGAGUCAUGAACGGACACAGGAUCUUCCCUGCAGGCGGACCCUGUGCUGCUUGGAUCAUAUGCUGCUUGGAUCAUAUGCUGCUUGGAUGGGGAAUAACCAGCACCGUUCAACACACAUCACAAAUUCCCAACCAUGAGGGCUUGUAGGCCUGACCAGCAACAUCCCAACUCAGAUUCUCCUUGAUAGGCACAGCAUUGUGCUUCUAUGUCCAGUAUGCGUAAUAAGGAUUCAGUAACUGGAGGUUUGUUGUAGUAGUGUUUAAUGCUACCUGUAAGUUACUGCGGUAGUGUUUCACGGUGAAGUGAAUACUACCUGUAAGUUACUGUAGUAGUGUUUCAUGGUGAAGUGAGUACUACCUUAAGUUACUGUAGUAGUGUUUCAUGGUGAAGUGAAUGAUGCCUGUAAGUUACUGUAGUAGUGUUUAAUGGUGAAGUGAAUGCUGCCUGUAAGUUACUGUAGUAGUGUUUAAUGGUGAAGUGAAU